CACGCGACCAGCGCAGACGUUCUCUAAAGUUGACCUUGCAAAACUUGGUCCAAAUCCGAUUUUGAAUUUGGAACUUCUUUUAUUUAAAACUCGAAUAUAAUUGGUACAAGUACAACCAUGUGGCCUUCAAGUGUUUUUCUGUGCCUAUGCGCGGCUGCACUCAUUGUAGCCAAACCAAUAUUAGAUAAAUCGAUCGUGAGUGAAACUGGUGUAUCUCCUCACCCUAAAUUUGAAAUUCAAAUGUCCGAAGAAAAAGAAACUCUUCAGCCUAUAGAGUUGAUCGCGAGUGAAACUGGUGCAUCUCCCGAUAGGGAUAAAUUUGAAUUACGAAUACCCGAAGAUGAAAAAGGAAUGCUUUCUAUGGAGUUGAUGGCAGUGCCUAGUGGGUUGAGGGUGAAACGCAGCGUGAUGCCGCGAAUGUGUCCGAAAGGGAAGAUCAGAAUUGGUGGCAUUUGCAUGCAACGGGAGACCUGUGAAGAAACGGGAGAGUGUUAACAAUGAAACAAAAGUGACUCAUCAUACCAGUAUUUUACUGCCUACUGCUGCUGAGCUUAGACCUUUCGAGUACGCUACUCAUCCCGGUCCUAAGCCAGCCUCAUCCUGAAGACCUGCAAAUCCUGCAAUCAUCUGAAUGUCGUCCACCCAACGAGCCAGGCCCCCUACACCCAACGAGCCAGGCCGCCUGCACCCAACGAGCCAGGCCGCCUGCACCCAACGAGCCAGGCCGCCUGCACCCAACGAGUCAGGCCGCCUGCCAGGGCGACUGGCCUUUUUUACCAUUCCGUCCGUUCCGUCUUGGUGCGGCGUCGGAUCUCGACAUUCAUAUGACGUCACUUUUCACAAUGAUAGAUCAGUUACAUCUUAGUAGCACCACGAUAGUACUGUUUAUUAUACAGUGGUAGCACCCUAGAAACAUUGUGCAAAUACGGCCUUAUACAUAUAAGUAGGUAAUUUUAUUAGCUUGGAUUGAAAACACUUAACAUUAGAUAUAAAUAAAUAGCUCUCUACAAUUUACUUAUUGACCUAGUCAAGCAGCCAGUGAUGUAUUUAAUACCAAAACUAAGUAUAAAGUGUAUGCUGAUUGUGUGAAUGCUUAGUACAAAAACUAUGUAUGUUUUGUGUAUGUAUAUAAAUGUUACAUAGGCUAGUAAAUAUAGCUCAUAAGUGAUCUCGUGUGCCAUAUUUAUUAUGAUUGUUGGUUUGCUAGAUUAUGCAUCAAUCAAUAGAUUAUGCAUUAGUCCAUUUGUGUAAUAAUGUACUAUUAGUCUCGAGUAGUAAUAUUUAUGUCCAUUCCUUAUUUAUUUAUAAGACAUAAUAGGUCUACAGUUUAACUAAGGGAGUUGAUAAUAAGUUAUUAUAAUUAUUAGUGAAUGGUUGAAAACUUGAAUAGAUAAAUUAUCUCGUUAAGUAAAUGGAAAGGUAAUAUGUAUGUAAUUGUAGACCUAUUGCUAUUUAAUUAGUAUUAAGAGAAAUGGUAUUUCUUAGUGUUUCGCCGUGUCUCUCAAUUUUCCCACUGAUUAAUGCCUUGAGACAGCUGAAUAAAUGCUCGUAGGUAAUAAUUAUUUUUUAUUUAAUACAAUUUGUACAGGGCAUUCUUGC